AUGUCUCAAGGAACUUUAUACGCCAACUUCAGAAUUAGAGGUAUUGUCCCAAAAUGUUUGGUCAAAGCAUUGAACUUAGAUGUUAACAUUGUGGAACCUGAACAGGCUCCAGAACAGUUUGCUAAGGACUUCCCAUUACAAAAGAUCCCAUCUUUUGCAGGUCCGAAGGGUUUCAAAUUGACUGAAUCUAUGGCCAUUAACUAUUAUUUGAUUCAAUUGUCUUCAGAUGAAAAAUUAAAGGCUAGAUUAUUGGGUUCUGAUUUGAACACUCAAGCUCAAAUCAUUAGAUGGCAAUCAUUUGUCAACAGUGACGUCUUGCACCAAAUUGUAAAUGCAUUUGCCCCAUUGAGAGGUGAUGUCCCAUAUAACAAAAGGGCCGUUGAUGCUGCUUUGGAACAACUUACCAAGAUGACUGCUAUCUUCGAAGACAGAUUGAAGGAAUACACUUACUUGGUUAACGAACAUAUAACAUUAGCUGAUUUGGUUUGUGCUACCACAAUGACUAGAGGUUUCAACUAUUUGUGGGGUAAGGAAUGGAGAGCUGAACACCCUGCCAUUGUUAGAUGGUUCAAUACUGUUACUGCUUGUGAUAUGUUGAAGCAUGAAUUUGUUGACUUCAAGUUCAUUGAUGCUCAAUUAGCUCCUCCACAAAAUAAGAAGAAGGAAAAGAAGGCCUCUGAAGCAAAGCCUGCUGCGGAAAAGAAGAAAGCUGAGAAGAAACCAGAAGCUGCUGCCGAAGCUCCAGCUGAAAAGAAACCAAAGCAUCCAUUAGAAUUAUUAGGAAGAUCCACUUUCGUCUUGGAUGAAUGGAAGAGAAAAUACUCUAACGAAGACACCAGACCUGUUGCUUUGCCAUGGUUCUGGGAACAUUACAACCCAGAAGAAUACUCUCUAUGGAAGGUUGAAUAUAAAUAUAACGAUGAAUUGACUUUAACUUUCAUGUCCAACAAUUUGAUUGGUGGUUUUUUCAACAGAUUAUCCGCUUCUACCAAGUACAUGUUCGGUUCCAUGGUUGUCUAUGGUGAAAACAAUGACAAUGGUAUUGUCGGUGCCGUCUUGGUCAGAGGUCAAGACAGUGUUCCAGCCUUUGAUGUUGCUCCAGAUUGGGAAUCUUACAGCUACACCAAGUUGGACCCAACUAAGGAAGAAGACAAGGAAUUUGUUAACAAUAUGUGGGCUUGGGACAAGCCAGUCAACGGUAAGGAAAUCGUCGAUGGUAAGGUCUUGAAAUAG